UUUUAGUGCAGACGACCGCAGACGACAGGAAGUGGAUAUGAUCUGUGUUGAUAAUGCAACAAAAAGGCAAAGAAAUAGAUAUCCAUGUAGUGCAAAAGACUUUUAAUUUACCGAGCUUUUCUGAAACAUUCUCCUUAAAAAAUAAAUCAAUGUCAAACGAAUUUGGACCAGUUUUAUCAGCUGCGAGUCCAAGAGGAAAAGAUAUUCACAUUUCGAAACUGCAUAGCCAGAGACAGACACAGUGCCACCCUAAGAAAUCUACAUUGAAAAGACAUUUGGAACAAAUUGAACAAGACAAGGUUUUAGUCCAACCAGCACAUUUUGGUGGUCAUCCAUCAAAGAAACUUAAGAGUGAUUGGGAUUCACUGUUCUACAACAAUGAAGCAUGUGGCAAUGGUGACAACAAAUACAGGAAUGCCACAAAUGCAGAUGAUGUAUUCCAAAAGUCAAAGAAAAGACAGAGUUUUCUUGUUAGGGGGAAAGAGAUGAAGAGUUACUUUCAUUUACUAGAGGAUGAUCUCAUCCAAGACUUUUUGCAAAGAGAUAAAUGCACCAAAAUUACAGAUAAGGUAUCAACAAACUAUGAAUACUGUCAUGUUUCAAAAUCAUGCAAGGCUAUCUAUAGACUGUAGUAUCAGAUUAUAGUG